UAUCACUCCUGUCAACUAACAAAUCUGUCAUUUUGACAAAUGUCAGCCAUUUUUGUUUUUGAAAGCUUUUGCUUUUGGAAAAAAUAACUUGUUCACUUGGGAAAAAUAUAUUAUCAUUCUUAAUCAUAACAGUAACAAUGGCAUCGUCUCUGGAAAAUCUAGAAACUCAACUGGAGAUGUUCAUCGAGAAUGUCCGACAAAUUCACAUUAUCGUAAGCGAUUUCCAGCCACAGAGUCAAAACGUUCUGAAUCAAAAAUUGCAAGCGUUGGUGCAUGGACUACAAGAAGUCGACAAACUGAAAUCACACGUUCAAGACGUUCAUGUGCCCUUGGAGGUUUUUGACUACAUCGAUCAAGGCCGUAAUCCACAGUUAUACACCAAAGACUGCAUAGAAAAAGCCCUAGCAAAGAACGAACAGGUCAAAGGAAAAAUAGACGCUUAUAGGAAAUUUAAGGCGAAUAUGCUUGUGGAACUCAGUAGGACAUUUCCAAAUGAGCUAAAUAAGUACAGAGCGUUGAGAGGGGAUGAAUAACCAUUGUUGAUUUAGAUGAAUGAUUUUCACAUGCUGUAUUUUAGACACAAUUUUUGAGUAGGGGGUUGAAAAAAUAAAUUACAAAAUAGCUUCAGUAAGUUAUGGUAUAUGUAUUAAAAUCCUCAGAAAUUGUAUAAAAAAUUGAGUCUAACUUAGCUCAAGCAUCUGAUCGGUGUUCAAACAAUGAUUAUGGUUUUUAUUUAUUGAAUAAGCACACUUUCACAAACUUGCUGUUAGAAUAGAACCUAGUAUUAUGUGCAAUAAGUAAUUUUUUACUUUUAAUAAAAUGCUACAUCCACUUCCAAGUUGACAUCAGUACUGAAUACCUACACCUAUCCAUUUAUAGUUGUUUCAGUUAAAGAACAUUUCUCGUGAAUAUUUCAGGCACAUUUAGUUGUGUUCUGUUCUUCUAUUUCUUAAUCAGGACCUUUCUUGAAAAAUUAAAAAAGAA